AUUUUGUGCGACGCACUUUUACUAUCGCCGGCAAACGCACCUAUACACUCGUUUAAUUACUGUUAUCACAGCCACAAAGCGCGGGAGGUUUUGAACUUCUCCACGUUGCAUCCCGUUUACGGAGAACGCAGCGUUAUCCGCCACAAAACUUCGUCUACGCAUGAAUGCAAGACCAAAUCGGCGUUAUAGCCCCUGUAUCCGUAGUCAUAGCGCCGUGUAAACUCCUUAGGAGAUAACGCGGGCUGUAGCUUGUUGCAUUGCUAACGAUAUGCUGCCGCUACACCUUGUGGAAAAGGCGUGUUUCCAACGGCUAAUGAAACACAGUGGAGCCGAGAUACGGUUAACCGUCCAGGAAACAUUCACAGAAGGUCAAACCCGAGACGUAUGAGGAUGUCCAUCGUCAGUAUCUUUGCCAGGGAGAUCCUGGACUCCAGAGGAAAUCCUACAGUGGAAGUCGAUCUUCACACAGACAAAGGACUCUUCAGGGCUGCUGUGCCCAGCGGUGCGUCCACUGGCAUCUACGAGGCCCUGGAGCUCCGAGAUGGAGACAAGACUCGCUACAAGGGCAAAGGUGUGACCAAAGCUGUGGGUCACAUCAAUGACACCUUGGGACCUGCCCUGGUGGAAUCGGGAGUCAGCGUUCUGGAGCAGGAAACACUGGACAACAUGAUGAUCGAAAUGGACGGCACCGAGAACAAAUCUAAGUUUGGGGCCAACUCUAUCCUGGGAGUGUCUCUGGCCAUAUGUAAAGCUGGUGCUGCAGAAAAACAGGUCCCGUUGUUCCGUCACAUUGCUGAUCUUGCAGGAAAUCGAGAUCUGGUUCUGCCCGUUCCCGCGUUCAAUGUGAUCAACGGGGGCUCUCACGCUGGUAACAGACUGGCCAUGCAGGAGUUCAUGGUACUUCCUGUAGGGGCGGAGUCCUUCCGUGAUGCCUUGCGUAUGGGGGCGGAGCUGUAUCAGACUCUGAGAGGUGUCAUCAAGGAGAAGUACGGUCAGGACGCAACAAAUGUGGGCGACGAGGGGGGGUUUGCCCCAAAUAUACAGAAUAACUGUGAAGCCCUGGAGCUCAUCAAGACGGCCAUCGAGAAGGCGGGCUUCACAGACAAAGUGGUGAUUGGCAUGGACGUGGCCGCGUCCGAGUUUUUCAUCGAGGGCAAAUACGACCUGGACUUCAAGUCUCCUCCCAACGCCGCCCGAAACAUCAGUGCUGAGGAGUUGGCCGCCAUCUACCAGGGCUUCAUCAACAACUACCCAGUUGUGUCCAUUGAAGAUCCCUUCGACCAGGACGACUGGCCUGCGUGGUCACAGUUCACAGCGUCAGUGGGGAUCCAGGUGGUCGGAGACGAUCUGACCGUCACCAACCCACGCAGGAUACAACGAGCUGUGGAGGAAAAGUCCUGUAACUGUUUGCUGCUCAAAGUCAACCAGAUCGGCUCCAUCACCGAGGCCAUCAAGGCGUGUAAGCUGGCUCAGGAGAAUGGCUGGGGGGUGAUGGUGAGCCACCGCUCUGGAGAAACUGAGGACACUUUCAUCGCUGACCUGGUGGUUGGUCUGUGCACUGGUCAGAUCAAGACCGGAGCUCCCUGUCGAUCAGAGCGUCUGGCAAAAUACAAUCAGCUCAUGAGGAUCGAGGAAGAGUUGGGGGACCACGCCCACUUCGCUGGACACAACUUCCGUAACCCCAGUGUUCUCUGAGUGCCGGUGCCGUCCACAGUAACGUCACGCUAAUCGAUGCAUUUCACCAAACGUUACGAGGCACAGAUGCCUAUUUGUCAAAAAUAUGCAGUCAGACACACGUCACAGAAAAACAAAUACUAAACACCUUUCACUGUAGCACCGUCGUAACUAACAUUUAGCAGGUUAGGACUGUUCAUCUGAGCCUAAAGAGACACGUCACAGACCAGUAGUUGUUGUUGUUGUUCUGCUGAUUUCUCCAAUCACCUCGUCAUGAUUCACUGUAGAUGUUUGGUUUGUUCUCCUUGUGUUGAAUAUAUUGUAAUAUUAGUCAGACUACUGCAAACUGUUUGUGCUUCCUGUCCAAGGUGAGUGUCAAGAAACUGAUCAAUACAUGUGAAUAUAAAUCAGAGGUGUACCGUG